AUGACUGUCGACGAGCUCAAUGCGCAUCCUACACCCGAAUCCAACAGCGAAAACAAAGCGCCGUCGCGAAGCACGCGUGGAGCUGCACAAACGAAGAAAACGGCCUCCGCGACCAAGGCGACUGCGAAGGGCAGAUCAUCGACGCGUCCAACGAGCGGCACUAGUGCGGUAGCCAUGAAGAAGAGCGCGACAGCAGGCGCGAAAAAGGUAGCGGCAAAGGGUGGUCGCAAGGCGCCAGCGGAGCCUGCUGAAGCCAUUCAGAGCGAUAUGGACGAGACGGAAGAGCUAGAAGAGCAAGAGGCGGUUGCGCAGCCCAAACCAGCCAAGAGAGGUAGACCAGCGAAGAAGGCGCAGGAGGAGGUCGAGGUCGAAGAGGCGGCACCCGCAAAGAGAGGGCGCAAGGCUGUCGCGAAAGAAGAGCCUGCGAAGAAGGAGACCAAGGCGAAGCCUACGACGAAGUCAAGAGGGACGAAACGCGCAGCUGAGCCCGAGACCGAGCCUGAGCAGAUGACAAUCCCUGAGACACAACAAGAGCCAGACGCAGACGCAAUGGAUGUGGAAGAAUCAGUCGAAGUCGAAGUCGACGAAAUACCCGAAAGCAUGCCGCCACCACACGUGCGACCCUCCGCGCGUCGAGCCCAACCGAACAGCAGGGCGCGACGAACAUCAGCUGGAGUGAGACGAACAGGAAGUGUGUCAGACUCUGAGCGGGACCCUGCCAUGCGAAGGAAAGUCGGUGACCUAACAAAGAAACUCGACGCCAUGACAGCCAAGUACGAGACGCUCAAGGAGUCUGCUUCGUCAGGAAAGGAGUCGAACUUUGAACAGCUUAAGAAGCGGACAGACCAGAUCGCAAAAGACCAAGACGCAGCCAUCAAAGCCCUUCAGCAACAAAUAUCUGAUUUCCAAUCACGCACCUCGGACCUCGCAUCGAUAAAGAAAGAGCUGGCAGCAGUCUCCAAGGAGUCAGCGCGUCUCGCUGCCGAAAACAAGAAACUCGCCGACUCGCUCACAUCGGCACAGGGCGAGAGCAAGGCAUUGUCGAGCAAGCUCGCAGCAGCCCGAUCAGCGCAGCCAGAGACCAAGAAUGUGCCGGGAAGCGCGGUGAAAGCUAGGACAACCGGCGUCGUUUUGCCAGGCACUGUUGAAGCAGCCAAGGAAGCGACACUCGCAAAGCAGAAGGUCGAUUUUUACAGCGAUCUUACAGACCUCGUUGUUCUUGGUGUGAAGAGAUCCGAAGACGAGGAAGACGUUUACGAUUGUCUACAAACAGGGCGUAACGGCACACUGCAUUUCCACCUCACAGUAGCCUCCAGCGGUACAUCCUACGAAGACGCAGAAUUCAUCUACCAGCCUUUGCUUCACGAACAAAGAGACAAGGAGCUUUUGGAUCUACUGCCCGAUUAUCUCACAGAAGAGAUUUGCUUCCCGAGGGCGCAAGCGCCCAAAUUCUAUAGUAAGGUUGUGGAUAGUAUGAGCAAGAAGAUCAUCCUGGAAGAGGACCAGGACUAG